AGUCGUGGCCAAGAGCCGAAGCGUGAUACUCGCGGUCUUUGAAAGAUACUUCUCGUCACGUGCUCGCGAUGUAGUCUAUUAUUUACCUCAGAUUUUGAGUAUAACUUAUCGCUGGAACAAUGGCAGACAAGAAAGACGAUCCUCGGGAAGUAUUGUCCCUCUUAAAUUCUCUCGGAUUUGUCGGAAUAACGGCACAGCAACUGAAGGCAUUCAUGAAAGACUUGAAAAUGCAUAGAAAAAUAAGAGAGAGGGAGCGACAGCAGUGGAAAGAGGAUACGAAGAAGAAAAUCCUUUUACGGCAGCAGCAGCUGUACAGAGAAGUACUGCACGAGCAUAAAACUGAGACAGGGGGCUUAAACAGCCGGACAGAAAGUACAAUAUCGUCAGAAUCUUCAACGUUUCAUGAUGACUCAUCUUGCAAAUUAGUAACAGUGAAAAUCCGUUGUUUUCCCAAAGACAAGGAGGACGAAAUAGCAAAGGAAAAUCACCACAACUACGUUAUACCGGCAAAGAAAACUGGCUCAGCUAAAACGCACACCUCUUGGGCUGAGGAGUUUCGACAAAAUAGCCUCAAUUCAGACAACGGAUACAAUACCAGCUCCUCGAGUUUGAUCAAUGAAUCUCAUCGUCACUUCGAUCGGUUGAAUAAUAUUAGCCAAAAUCACAGUGCCGGCGCGUCCACAGACAGUACAAAGUAUAUAUCGUUGGAGAAAUCGAGGAGCAGAGCCACCAGAUCUGAACAAAAUUUGAAACAAACAAAUCUCGCCCCUGCCAAAUCAUCCACAGGACAAAAGGCUUCAAGUUCUCGCAGUGCUCCAGUUAUCUCUGAAAAUUGCAAACGCAGUCAAACUACCGAAGUUCAUGCCAAUCCACCGCCAUCGAGAAGCUCCAUUCAAUCAAGACCAAAAUCAUGUGAGGAGCGAAUUAUUUCACCUCGAUCAAAAAUUAUAAGGCCCUGGAGACUUCAGCCAGAGUCCCAUAGAUCCUGUACGAAUACAAAGUCUGAUCCAGUCGCGCUGUAUCAAAAGUACAAAGAAGAAUGGAAGCAGCUUGCUCUGCCUGGAGAGGAGAAUCAUGCUGGAGUCAGGUGGGCGGUAAGGGAAAAAAUGCUUGGACUGGAUCCAAAUCCACGGCCGAUAUUGAAAAAAAGCUGCAGCACGUCGGCAAUAAAAAAGAGAUGAUUAAUUACCAUGAUUCUUUAUUAUAAUUAAACGCGUUAAUCAUUAUUAAUAAUUAUAUGAAUUUGGACAUAAACACACUCGUUAUUGUAAAAAUGAUGAUAUCGUGUAUUAUACUAAAUAAUUAUUCAACUAUAUUGCAACGAUUUUAUUAAACUGAUGAUAUAUGUGAUGCCUGUCGAAAGAACGAAAUCCUUAACGGAAAGAAUGUCAUUAUUUUGGUAAAGAUAUUUUAAUCAAUUUAUAAAUAUGUAAAACGUAGAUGUAAGUUUAGCCUUAAACAAAGUGAUGAUUAAUUCAGAAUUGUGAUUGUAACCACGCAGAUCGAUUUAGUAAAAAAAAAAGGCG